AUGGAUGGAAAGACGGACGUGGAGGUUCAUACAAUCCACAUCCGGAAGUUUCUUACACUUAUGCGAGAGCAUACGUUGUUCGCGAACAUCAAGAAGCUUACCUUCGCAGCGAACGAGAUACCACUUCUUGGCUGCAUCGUGGGUGAAAACGGUGUACGCCCUGAUCCGAAAAAGGUGAAGGCGAUUAGCGACUGGCCUGUACCAGUCGACAUCAAGGGACUCCGAAAGUUCCUUGGCUUGGCGGCGUACUUGCAUAAGUACUCGCGCAACUACGCUGAGAUGACUGUACAUCUCUCUCGUCUGUUAAAGAAAAAUGAGAGAUGUUCAUAA